AUGGCCGCGAGCAGUCUCAGUGAUGACCGCAUCUGCUAUGAGGCAUGCCAGAGGCGCUCUGCACUUGAUAUGAAAGAAAAUCAUGUGGCCAUACAUUGCGGCGAUCUCACCACGGAAUCCAAGCUCGAUGAAUUUGAAAGCGCUAUCCGACUGCUUGAAAGAAUCGAUGCUCUUCUCAAGCUAACUAUUGCCGGGAAUCACAAUUUCGCUCUAUAUACGCCUAUGUUCAAGAAUAAGGUUGUAGAAGCACAUGAGCCUUUGGAUUCAGAAUUAGUCCGGAGAGUAUACGGCGAUUACGAAGAAACCAGGAGCAUGUUUGACAAUAGCGGAGUCAUCUUGCUGGAUGAAGGAACCCACCAUUUCAAUCUGCAGAAUGGAGCAUCGUUAACCGUCUACACCAGCCCAUACACCCCAUCUUUUGGAGACUGGGGUUUUCAGUAUCAUCCCGAGCAAGGCCAUGAGUUUGCGAUCUCAAGCAACGUUGACGUGGCUAUCACGCAUGGACCGCCUAAUGGCAUCAUGGAUUACGCUAAUGGUCAACGUGCAGGUAGUUCGGAUCUAUUUGAAGCUGUUGCUCGGGCCAGACCGUGCAUGCACUGCUUUGGUCACAUCCACGAGGGAUGGGGAGCAAAGCUUGCUGCAUGGAGGAAAAUGGUCGGUGAGAAGCCUUCUUAUAUGACUGACAUUGAUAACGAAAAUUCGACGGUGGUUGGAAGACUUGCCGAUAUUGUUCAGGAGAAUGUCCACAGAACGUCCUAUCAAACUAGCCACUGCAGCAACGACUCGCAUCCUAUUCAAUACAGCGCCCAUACACUCUUCGUCAAUUCCGCCAUAGAGGGUUCUACUGACGAAUAUUCGGUACAGCCGCCGUGGUUAAUUGAUCUCGAGCUUCCGAGGGCUGGUUAAGCCGGUCUUGUCAUCUACGAUCCUAUUUGAUAUAAUCUAUUCAUUUAAUGCUAAUGAAAUCAGGUCAGCUUCCGUAUUAUAAAUGACAAUUACAUCAGAUGAGCGAAAUACAC